CGUCACGCCGCCGCCGGAGGGCAUUCAACCGGCGCAGCCUCCAGAGGGGGAGCAUGCGGGGAUAUACGACUCUCUCUCCGUGGGAGUGGUCUCCUGCAGGUCACGUGGUCCAGGCCUUUGUUGAUGUGAAUCAGUGGAGAAAACACAGGAGGACAAGAAGAAGGAAAAAAAAAAAAAAAAGUCCAGGUCCCAUAGACCCGCCGACCGCAUCCGUGCACCCUCCCCGGCGCCCACUCGCCCCGCUUCGGCCCGGAUGCUGCCGGGAGCCCCAUCGCACUUUUACCUGGCUCUUUUUCUCCGCGGCUUUCCGCGGUUCUCCCCGCCGGUUUGAGUGCGAGGCAGCAGCGGGGGCUGGGGGAUGGAGGCUCAGUCCGGGCUGUGAGCAGACUGGUUUUAGGGGGUGGCGGAGGUGUGGGGGGUCGGUGUGAGAAGCCCCGGGCCCUGCUUUGCUUUGUUAUCCUGGGCUUCGUGUUGCAGCCCUCCUCCCGGCUUUCUCGUCGUUUUUGUUCCAGCCUAUUUCUCCUCUGCUCCACCAUGAAGCCUUUCUCCUGAGAGACGCUGCAAGGAGUUUUUGGAGAGGAGGGAAAACACAUGGAGAAAAUCGGGAUUUGAGGCUCUUUUUGGCUGCAGGCUUUGACUGUGCGGUGUGUUUUUGUACCGAGGAACCUUUUGAAGGAGGACUUCAGAAAAUCAGAUUCAUUUUAUUUCUGUUUUUCUCUCUCUACCUUUCUUUUUAUCCCCUUUCUGCUCAUUUAUCUCUGUACCCCUCUGAGUUCCUCCCUUCAAGCCUCCUUUGCCUCUCCACCUCCUUCUAUCUCUGUCUGUCCCUCUAGUCUCUGCCUCUGUCCCUCCAUCUGUCUCUCUCCCUCCUUCCAUCCUCCAUCAUGGCUCCGGCGUGCCGGUCCUCCCGGUUCUGCUGCCUGCUGGUCCUGCUGGCUCUCCCCGCCGUCCGGAGCUCGUUCCCCCGCGGCGGCGCGGACUGCGGCCCCGGGAAGGCCGCCGACUGCCCAGACCUGUCCGAGAAGAAGAGCGACCUGCGCGUGUGCGACGCCGGGACGUGUCGCUUCGGAGGAACCUGCCGCGAGAACGGAGCCGACAUCAAGUGUGUCUGUCAGUUCCACUGCCAUAAGAAGUACGUCCCCGUGUGCGGGUCAAAUGGAGACACGUACCAGAACGAGUGUUUCCUGAGGAGAGCCGCCUGCAAGAAGCAGAGAGCCAUCACCAUCGUGUCAGAGGGACCCUGUUACCACGACGGUGGUUCAGGAUCAGGGGACGGAGAUGAUGAGGGGUCUGGUCGCGGUAAAAAGGCCUCGAAAUGUGGAAACUGCAAGUUUGGAGCCGAGUGUGACGAAGACUCUGAGGACAUGCUCUGCAUGUGCAACAUCGUGUGUAACGGCCACAACGACAACCCGGUGUGCGGCAGCGACGGCGUCACCUACGACACGCCGUGCCACGUCCGAGAGGCGUCCUGCCUCAAACAGCUCAAGAUCGACAUGAAGCACGUGGGACGUUGCCAAGACAAGAGCAGGAAGGAGGACGGCACCAAGACCAAACCAGACAUCUAUGCUGUGUCCAAGCCUGGUGAGGGGGAGGGGUUCCUGGACAGUUCCACCCCCUGUCCUGAAGACUAUGCCCAGUUCUGUGAACACGGCCAGUGUGAGAUGAGACACAACCUGCCCACCUGCAGGUGCGAGGCAGCGUACGGGGGUCCUCAGUGCGAUCAGGUGCUGGACUUCAACAUCCUGUACGUGGUGCCCAGCGGCCAGAAGCUGCACUACGUCCUCAUCGCCGCCAUCAUCGGAGCCGUCCAGAUCGCCGUCAUCGUAGCCGUGGUCAUGUGCUUCACCAGGAGGUGCAACAAGUCGACACGCGGACGGAGACAGAAGCAGCACCUCGGUCACUUCCCGUCAGGAACGUCCUCCAGGAUGAUGUAGCUGCUCAUGUUUCUGUGAAAUACAAAAAAAAAAAAAAAAAA